CACUGAGGCUUUAUUUUGUUUAAUUUCUUUCCCCUGCUUUUGGUCAAGAAGGCAUUCUCAAUCCCACAAUGCUGGGUCCAGGCUCAUCCAAGUAGAGAUGUUGAGUAGCUGUGUGAUAUAUGACUCUGGAACUUAGGAGAGGUCUGGGCUGGGAAAUCCAUAUUUGAAAGGCAUCAGCUUCAAGUUGCCAUCUGAAGCUGUAAGACUGAAAAAGGUCACCUAGAGAGAGAUGACAAAUGGGGAAGAGAAGAGAGCCAAGGACAGAGCUGUGAGGCACUCUGACAUUUAGAGAUCUGGGAGAAGAUGAAGAACCAGGAGACUAUCAAGUGGCCACUGAGAUAGGAGGAAAAUUGUGGAAGUGCAAUGUCACAACAAUAUACAGAAAGCUUUUCAAGAUAAUGGAGGUGAUCGUGUCAUAUGCUCUUGUAAAUUCCAGAAGAAUGCCUACGGAGAAUUUGAUUACGGCAAGAUGUAGAUCAAUGGUUAUUUGGACUGAUAUGGAUAACAAUGGCUUUUUCAGUGCAGUGAUGGGGUAAAACUUUGUUGGAGUGCUUUGAAAGAAUGGGAGGUAAGGAAGUGGAGACAACUAGUAUAUCUGUGCUUAUGAGGAGUUUUUCUGGUAAAAGUAGCAGAGAAAUGGACAUUGAGUGGGACAUGAGAUCAAGAGGAGGGUUUUCUUCAGACGAUAUUAAGGCAAUUUUGUAUGUCAGUGGGAAUGAACCAGUAUCAGUUGAGAAGCAGUUGGGGAGUGAUCCAAAAGCACAACUGACUUUACCUGAGAGAAGGAACACUUACUUAAUUUAACCAGAAAGGAAGGCAGAUUAAAUGUUUUUGGAAAGAAGUUUAUGGAAUUGGUGGCGACAAGACAAGGUAAUUCUUGCCUGUUUUCAUGUGUUUUUCAAGUAUAAGGCAAAUUUACCAACCAUGAGUUGGGUAGGAGUAGAUGUUGGGGAUUUCAGGAAAGAGGAGAAAGGUUGAAAUAAACAUCAUGGAAAGAAGAAAAGUGAAUUUCCUAGGGAUAAGUAGUAGGAUUGCUGGCAAUGUUGAGUGGCCUUUUAAGAUGCAUAUUAUAAAUUUGAAGUGGACCGUUACGCAAAAUUGCUUGAUUUUUAUCCUGCAAUGCUCAGCUACAUAGAUGCAGAGGAGAGUCUAACCAAGGUAGAGACUUUACUAGGUGAGUACCAUGGAGGAGAGAGGAAUAAGGAAGUUAAAGCUGUUUACAAGGAUGUGUGUAUGGUGCUAGAACAAUGAAUCUAAAUAAGAUAGAAAGAAAGUAAAGCUAUGUGGGGAUGGAGGAUUGUGAAAAAAUAGUUAGGAUUACUGGAUCAUGAGUUUGGAGGGCUCAAUGAAUUUGAAGAAUUAUUGGAGUGGAAGUACUAGAGAAAGUGACCUGGUGGAUGUUGAAAGGUGGUCAGAUGGUGGAAUGUUUUAAAUAGAAAUUUUAGAGGUGAUAAUGAUGACAAGGAUGACAUCGCUUGUAUGGGUGAUAAGUGGGUGGCUGAGUUUGGAUGGAAGAAAAUUUUGUUACAGUUGGAAAAGAGAGAGGACAGAAUAUUGAAUGGCUCUUCUACAUGGAUGUAGAGGUAGCGUGGAAUGAUGGCAAGAGCUGUGGUGGCGAGAAAACUGGUGAAUGAGGCAGAGUCACUGCAGGAAAGAGUUAACAUAGCAGGCCUGAGACGGCUGUCCUUAGAAAGCCUUGCUCACAAGGGUGACACUUGGCUGAUGUCUGGGAAUUUUGAUUUCUAGAUGAUUUCCUCCAUUCUCAGAAUUGAUAAAGAGUGGCUCACUAAACAAACAAUGUGGUUUACGUUGAACACCUAUUUUCCUUCUGGAAGUCUGGAAUUUUUGUACAUGCUUGGCUGAUUGAGCUUAUGUGACCAGCACCCAGUAAAAACCUGGGGUCUGAAUCUCUAAGGAGCUGCACACAUGUUGUCACAACCCAUUGGUGUAAGAAUUAAGUGAGUGUAUCCUAUGUGACUCCAUUGGGAGAGGACACGUGGAAGCUUGUGCCUGGUUUCUUCCAGACUGCUCCAGGAAUGGGAGCAACUAGAUCCUGCUCAGAGGAACCCGUACAAGGGUGUGAUGCUGGAGAACUGCACCCACCUAUCCUCAAUGGGGUACCAAGCUCCCAAAUCAGAAAUUAUCUCAAAGUUGGAAAAAGAAGAGCCAUGUCUGGGGAAUGGGAAAAGGCUCAGUCAAGCUCAUCUGGGUGAAAUAGAGAAACCCAAGGAAAUUGAAGCCAAUGGAAAAGUUCAGCAAAAUGAAUUCCUGGAAGAGAAGCACCAGGAAUCUCAAAACGAACUCUUUAGAGAAAUUGCAUUCAAGAAGAAAACUCUGACUAAGAAGAAAGGCCAUGAGUAUAGUUCAGUGGGGAGAAAAAAUAAUAUGAAUACAAAACAUAUUCCUUCCAAAAAAAGGCUUCUUAAAUUUGAUUCACAUGGAAAAAGUUUGAAAAAGAAUUUAGACUCACCUAGUCUUAUAAGAACAUAUGCAAAAAAGAAACCUGAUGCAGCCAAAGAACAAAGGAAAACAUUCAGCCAUAAUUUGUCUGAUAAAAAGAAAGACAAGACUCAAACUGGAAAGAAACAUGAGAAGUUAUCCAGUAGGAGCUCAUCCCAUAAUAAGCAGGAGAAAAUUCAAACUGCAGAGAAAGAAGAAAAAUCAUCCAACUAUAGCUCAUCUUCUACUAACUGUGACAAAACUAAAGCUAGAGUGAAACCCUAUGUAUGUAAUGAAUGUGGGAAAGUUCUCAGCCAUAAACAAGGACUCAUUGACCAUCAGAGAAUUCAUACUGGGGAAAAACCGUAUGAAUGUAAUGAGUGUGGGAUAGCCUUUAGCCAAAAGUCACAUCUCGUUGUACAUCAGAGAGUUCACACAGGAGAGAAACCAUACGAAUGUAUUCAGUGUGGCAAAGCCCACAGUCAUAAACAUGCUCUCACUGACCAUCUAAGAAUUCAUACUGGGGAAAAGCCCUAUGAAUGUACAGACUGUGGGAAAACCUUCAGACAUAGCUCAAACCUCAUUCAACAUGUGAGAUCUCAUACAGGCGAGAAGCCCUAUGAAUGUAAGGAAUGUGGAAAAUCCUUCAGGUAUAAUUCAUCUCUUACUGAACAUGUGAGAAGUCAUACAGGUGAAAUACCAUAUGAAUGUAAUGAAUGUGGAAAAGCCUUUAAGUAUAGCUCAUCCCUUACUAAACAUAUGAGAAUUCAUACAGGUGAAAAACCCUUUGAAUGUAGUGAAUGUGAAAAAGCUUUCAGCAAGAAGUCACACCUUAUUAUACAUCAAAGAACUCAUACUAAAGAAAAGCCCUAUGAAUGUAAAGAAUGUGGAAAAGCCUUUGGACAUAGUUCAUCUCUUACUUACCACAUGAGAACCCACACAGGUGAAAGUCCCUUUGAAUGUAAUCAGUGUGGGAAGGCCUUCAAACAAAUUGAAGGUCUUACUCAACACCAGAGAGUUCAUACUGGAGAGAAACCCUAUGAAUGUAAGGAAUGUCAGAAAGCCUUUAGCCAAAAGUCACACCUCAUUGUACAUCAGAGAACUCAUACUGGGGAGAAACCCUAUGAAUGUAAUGAAUGUGGAAAAGCCUUUCGUGCAAAGUCACAACUUGUUAUACAUCAGAGGUCCCAUACUAGAGAGAAACCCUAUGAAUGUAAUGAAUGUGGGAAAGCCUUCAAACAAAAUGCAUCCCUUACCAAACAUGUGAAAACCCAUUCAGAAGAGAAAUCUGAUUAAUGAAAUUAAUGUGGGGAAUCUCUUUAACCUAACUGAAGGUUUUUUAAACCUUAGAGAUAUUCUGAAUUUAACAAAUGUUAGGAAGUCACACCUCAUUAUACAUGAGAGAAUGCAAAGAUGACUUUUUGCAUAAACCCAUGAAUGGAACUAAAAAUUUAAACUUGAUACCAAACUUCUUACAGAAAAUAUUGUUUUAAAAAUACUCAGUUGUAAACAGUCUACAUGUUCAUUUUGAAAUAUAAAGCUUUUAAAUUGUGUAUAAAUUGAAUAAUCAGAGCAAUAGAUGAACAAAUUACACACCCUGGCAAUUCCUGAGUUGCUUAGGUGUUAUGUUUUUAAGUAUCACAUAUUAGAAUUGAAUUUGUAAAUCUGUUUGUUGUCAUGUAUAAAUCAGUGUGGUCAUUUUUACUGCACUUCCUCUUUGAUAUUAGCAACCAGCUCUUUUAAAAUUUUUUUCACUUCUACAUCAGUAGCAAAUGUUAUAAAAAUUUUAUUUUAAUACAAAGUUGAGAGAAAAUGAAAGAAAGCAAUUGAGGCUACACUUGUAUACUGGUAACCUCAGUAGUACUCAAGGGAAUAAUAUUCAAGAUACAUUAAAGCCAGUUGCAGAACCAUGUAUGUAGUAUGUUCCCAUUUGUGUACAAAAGGAUUGUGUACUUUCCUCACUUUCUCUUAGUGUGUGUGAGUCUGUAUAUGUAUGUGAGUAGCUGCUGAAAAAAUGCAGAAGAAACUUAAUUGUGGUCACCUUUGGGCACAGGAGUACAGUAUUAGGACCCAGAGUUGGGAGGAAAAUCUUUUUAUUGUAUACUGUUUGAAUUGUUUUAUCAUGUAUUAUUUUCACAAUUAAAAUACUUUUAAUAUGCAUUAUGAAUACUAAUUAAAACACUAACAAUUUUAAUACUGAAUAAUUUAGUGCUGUUUGACAAAGUGAAAAAGUUUCUAUGCAUAAUGAUCAAUGAUGAUGAACAUCAGAGACACAUGGCAUUAAACUUGGUAUUGAAUUCACAAAGACUUUUCAAACACAAGUUCUUGCAUUAAAGUAAUGAAUUACAACUAUAACAGCACUGUGUUUUUUCUAUUUGCAUGAAUUGUGAUUUCAGGUGAAUGAAAAUAAUUUUCUGAACAAUCAAUCCAUUUUAUCUAGAGUUCAAAGCACUAAAACACAAACAUCCAAACCUGGAAUUUCAAAUGUAUUGCAACAAAUGCUACCACGCCCUGUUCUUGCACAUAGCAGACACUGUUACUGGGUCACUGCACUGUUUCUGAGUAUGCCCAGACUUGGCAUAAGAAUCAUUCUCAAGCAUGCACUCCAGAAAGUACUGUGACUCAGUUUGAGUUUGCUCAGGAGAUCUAUUUGCCAUUGCAUACCAAGAUUUUUUUAUUCUUGAGUCAUAUGAAAAAUAUAGCAAAACCUUUAAAAUUUAAGUUGUUCCACUAAAAACAGACAUCAGCACAAAAAAUGGCUUUGUACUGUAAGUUAAUAUUUGGCACAUAUGACACCUAUUACAUUUUUCACAGCACAUUGACUACAUUAUCUUGUCUGUUCCUCAAACAAGCAUUUGUGACAGUAAGCAGGACUUGUCAUAUUCUAUUCUGUCAAAUAAAUAGUUCACCUUCCUGCUAAGAUACGGGUCCAGCAUAAUGAUGGGCCCUUAACAAAUGUGAUUAAAUGUCAUGUUUGAAAAUGUUUUCCCAUUUGUGUUCCUCCCUUUCUGACCUCCUCAAUUCAGAGACUUACAAAAUAUACAUAUUAAGAAUGAAA